CUUACAUGAAGUACUGACCCAAACAACAGAACCUUCUUCGAAAACAUGUCGACGUUUGGAGGUGAAAGUUCUGUCGAGAUCGACCAAGAUUUCUUUGAUAGUGGAUACUCUUACAACUCCCAAGCUCAAAGCAGCAAUUACUAUGAUCAAACUGAACACCAACAGCCGCAAAAUCAGUCAGAAUACGCGCAGAGCUACUCGCAGUAUGGACAGACACAAUCAGCAACAGGGUACAAUUCUUAUAAUUCGUCUUCAUAUCCCAACAACACAGGUUUUUAUAAUCCACAGACUUAUGACUAUGGAGCAUCAGGACCUACUGCUAUGAGUGAGCCUAGCUUUUCGGGUUUUAUGCAGCCUAAGCAAACGAGUGAAGAUUACACGAGCUUUGAGGACGAGCCUCCAUUGCUGGAAGAACUUGGAAUAAACUUUGAACAUAUUUGGCAGAAGACAUUGUCUGUCCUUAACCCACUACAACAAAUAGAAUCAAAUAUCAUGGAUGAUACUGAUUUAGCUGGCCCUUUGGUAUUCUGUCUUGCUUUUGGAGGCUUUUUACUUCUUUCAGGAAAGGUCCAUGGAUUUGGUUACAUCUAUGGCGUGGGUGUCCUCGGCUGCUUAUCUCUUUAUGCAAUUCUAAAUUUGAUGAGCAUGACUGGUGUCAAUGCUGGUUGCGUCAUCAGUGUUCUUGGAUACUGUCUUUUACCAAUGGUAUUACUAUCAGGCAUUUCCAUCAUAUUUUCAUUACAGGGUAUGCUUGGCACAGUUUUAACAGCUGUGACGAUAGGAUGGUGCAGUCUUACGGCAUCAAAACUAUUUGUGACUGUUCUUGCAAUGGAUUCUCAGCAGUUGCUAGUUGCAUACCCAUGUGCUUUGCUGUAUGGAGUAUUUGCAUUGCUAACUGUGUUUUGAGCAGCAAAAUGUACAGUCAAAUGGAUCAUGACAAUAGAUAAAUAGAUAAAAAAGAUUAAAAAUAAUUUAUGUAAUAUCAUAAAAGCCAUUCUAAGGUCGAGGAAAAAACUGGGUUGUAUUGGCAUUGCAGCAUUGUGGGAUUGUUUUAAGGGACAUAUUUCCAAAAUGAAAUUUUAGUAUUUCGUACCCUAACAGUCCCACAAUGCAUUGCAAUUCAGUCCAGUUUUUCUCAACUCUAGGUUGGCCAAUGUAAACUAUUCAUAUCAUAUAAAUAGCAAACACAGAAUAGUCAAGAAGGCAUAUCAUUUUAUUACAACUAACUUGAAGUGAAGAAAUUGGUUUCAUUUAUCUUUCUAAAAACUCAAGUCAUUGAAUUUGUAAGUAGUAGGAUAAUUCCAUGGCUUUAAAAAUUUUCAUCGAUUUUGGGGUUUGUGUAAAAAAGCUGUAACAACUGUGGCAUUGUUACAUCCUUUCAGUGUUGGCCAGGGUGAUUUUAUUGUAUACUACUUGCUCUAAGUCUGGCUCAAUGUUUUCCCCAUUUAUGAGUUACACUAGCAUUGGUGGUGUACGCUGCUAACACAUUGUCUUUCACCACUGUAAUUCCAAAGGUUUGUUUACUAAAGGUUUUUCAGUUUCCUUCCUCUGUAAAAAUCCAUAAGUUGAGGAUUGUGUGCAUAGAAUAUUGAAUGGUAGUAUAUGUGAAUGAAAAGUGUCCCAAAUUAGUGUAAAAGUGCUAGAACAAAUAGACACUUAAAUAAUUWAAAAAAAAAUUUUUUUGGCAUAAAAUAAUUUUUGAGACAUUCACUUUUGUUUCGCCUUUUCUGCUAAAACCCUUGAAAAGCUGUUGUAACUAAAAGUGCACAUUUUAUUAUUUGAAUCGCCAUGGAAAUAUAUUGAAAGACUUGUAUAGCAGAGUAGGUACAGGGUUUUUAUGUAUAAGGACUGAAGCAAAUAAGUCACUUGCUGUGUUUAUUGCCACCCAUAUUGAAUAUUGUUCUAAAACAAAUGGAAAAAAACUGACAGUCCUGUCUGUUCCUCCCUCCUCUUCAUGUGACUGAAGAACAAAAAGCAAACACAAGGGAGUUCAGAAUACUGCUAUUUUAUUAAUCUACAAUCAUGUGAAAUAUUUACAUACUCUAACUUAACUAAUUAUGAUGGAUGGCAGUACAUUACAGGGUUAAUUAUCUGGUGUAAAUUUUAUGCAAUGAUCUCAAACUUGAAACAAAAUCUUGUAGUUGAUAUGUUAGUCAAUAAUUGAAAACAACAGAAAUGGUGCUUGGUAAUGUUUAUAAGACAUGUUACUAUAUUAUAGUGGGUUAAACAAAGAUUCAUGGUUCCGACUCAGAUUAUAUAGCAAGUCAAUCACUGUUGCAGCAGUUUUCCCAGUAGAGUCAAAAUUUUGUACCAUAAAUUUCUAUUCAGUAUCUGUUUUAAACAAUACUACAAGGCAUUUUUUUAUUUUCACAGGACAGUACACAAAUGAAACUAUUUGUAAAUAAUUUUCUGUGAUCAGAAUGUUAAAUUUUGAGAUAUCUUAGCUAAUGUUUUAUGUAGGGGUAGUAAGCACAAUAGCAACAGUAACAAGGGGAAUUGGAACCAUGAAUAACUAUUGAUAGUCAUGGAAAUUAGACAAAUAAUAAUCCAGUGUACCUUAUAUUUUCUAAUUACGGAUGCUAUCAGAUAUUUCAUAUACUGCAAAUAACUAAUAAACUUAAAUGGCUUUUGGA